CGCGAUUCGCUUCGUUACGUUUACAUUCUGUUCUCGACGUCGCGUUCAUUGUGGGGAGCCAUUACCCUCGUCCGCGCUAAGCAUCGUGCCAUAUUCCCAUUCGCGCCCUUAUACUAACAACAUUCUCGUAGUUUUAAGUGAAAUAUUAUGAGAGUGAAGACCGAAAUGGACGACGACGAAAAGGGAAAGUUGUUUGUUGGUGGUUUGUCCUGGGAGACAACACAGGAAAAUCUUCAACGUUACUUUGGCCGUUAUGGCGAAGUAAUUGACUGUGUCGUUAUGAAAAAUAGUGAAUCUGGUCGCAGUCGUGGCUUCGGAUUUGUAACAUUCAGUGAUCCGGCCAAUGUUCCUUUGGUUCUUCAGAAUGGACCGCAUCAACUUGAUGGGCGCACUAUUGACCCGAAACCGUGUAAUCCACGCACUCAACAAAAGCCAAAGCGUAGCGGAGGCUUCCCAAAAGUUUUUCUUGGUGGCUUACCAAGUAACGUGACGGAGACUGAUCUGAGAUCCUUCUUUACUCGCUUUGGAAAGGUCAUGGAAGUUGUCAUAAUGUAUGACCAGGAGAAAAAGAAAUCCAGAGGAUUUGGCUUCCUCAGCUUCGAGGAUGAAGAUGCCGUGGACCGAUGUGUCGCCGAGCAUUUCGUCAACUUGAAUGGAAAACAGGUUGAGAUCAAGCGUGCCGAGCCGCGUGAUUCUUCUAGCAAAAUGAACGACAGCCAUCAGGGACAAUGGGGCCCGCCGCAGCCUGGCGGUCCGCCGAUGGGAAUGGCUGGGAAUAUGGGACCCAUGGGUGGGCCCAAUGGGCAGAUGGGUGGACCUAUGAUGGGAGGUCCAAUGGGACCGCCUGGAAACAUGAUGCAGCAGUAUCAGAGCUGGGGUACUAGCCCUCAGACGGGUGGUUACGCUGCUGGUUACACCACCCAAUACAAUUCUCAGGGCUGGGGCGCGCCUCCUGGACCUCCUCAGCAACAGCAGAUACCACCACCACCUCAUCACCAAUGGGGUAGCAGUUACAAUGUCCAACCUGCAGGAACACCUCAAGGUUACAGCGGUUACGGUGGGCCGGCGGCGGCCGCUUCAGGGGGCUACGGGCCCACGGCGGGUACUGGCGGGGCUG